AUGGACUCGUUUGGCAUCGAUCCACUCGUCGGCAUGGCCACCAAGAUUGACACGGCGUCGUCGCUCAGCUCCCGCCAAAAGAGCUGCAACGCCUGCGUGCGCGGCAAACGCCGCUGCGACAAGCGCACGCCGCGGUGCACUCGGUGCGCCGCCAAGGGACUCGAGUGCGUCUACCACAAGAUGCCCCCUUCCGCGGCUCAAGGUGGUGGCGGCAGCAACACGUCGUCGACCGCGGCUGCUGCCCAACGCCAGCAGCAGCAGCAGCAGCAGACGCCCGACGAGUCCCCCGGCGGAAGCACCUCGCCGGAGAUGGCGGACCUGCCGGACUUUGACAUGGGCUUCGACUAUGAGAGCCUGGGCACCGAGACCAGCCCGGAGAGUAUGUGCCACGUCCCCGACCAGACUCCGCACUACGACAACGCUCCCUCUCACCACAACCACAACCACAACCACAACCACAACCACCACCACCAACAACAACAACCUGCUUCUAUCGGCAACCACCAGCUUCACCUCGACUCCGGCCUGGACUUUGGCGUUGCCGAUUUCAUGAACACCACCGCACUCCCCACCACCACCACGCAGACGACGUCCUCCACCUUUGCCAGCCCCCCUCCUCCCACACUCUCCGCCAACAGCAGCAACAGCUUCUUCGCCAGCUUGUUUGAGGGCAUCUCCGUCGACCAGUUUGGCGGCCUCGGCGUGCCGUCUAAGCUGGACAUCCCGCCGUUGUCCGCCUCCUCUCUGGUGAUGAGCACUGCCCUGAUCCCCCGCCCCCCCGUCCGCGACCCCUCGGUGCUGCGCCGUGGCAUGGACUGCAGUGGUCAACACGACCCGCUCGCCGUGCACGACCCGCGCUCGUGGAUGGGCUACACGGUGCGCGCGCUGACCGGCAUGCACGCCACCUUUGCGCGCACCCGCGCCCUGGCCUUCCUGCACCCGCGUCUCUGGGCUGCGCGCCUGCCGCGCCCCGUCCAAUCCGUCUGGACUGCCGCCACCGCGUAUGCCCACCGCUCCUCGGACAACCGCGCCUGGGUCAUGCAGGUUCUCGCGGACACGGCGGCCGAGGUGCACGCCGAGGGGGAGAAGGCGGGGGCGGCGACAUCGCCGCAAGAUAAGCUUGCCCUGGUGCAGGCGCUGCUGAUCUUAGACUCGAUCCGCAUCUUUGACGGGGACGUCGGGCUGCGCGCCGCGGCGGAGCGCGAGGCGCACGUGCUCGCGGCCUGGAUCGGCGAGCUGCAGCAGGUCGUUGUGACGCUCGAGGCCGAGGCGGUGCAGCACGCGAGGGCGGUCAACGUGCCCGCGGGCGGGGGCGGGAUUCUACCGGACGGCGUGCCGGGGGCGACCGCCGGCGACCCGGCGUACCCGGCGCGCGACCGCCCGCCCAAAACGUGGGACGCGUGGAUUCUGCUCGAGAGCGCUCGCCGCACGCUGCUUUUCGCCUGCGCCUUUGUCUGCAUGGGCAAGCUGCUCAAGAGCCUCGACGUUAACCGCGCCAUGUGGCAGGACCUGCGCUUCACCGCCUCGCGCCACCUGUGGGAGGCACCGUCGUCAGUCGACUUCUUCCGCGCCUGGCGCGACAAGCCCCAGUACUUCAUCCGCGACUUUGACUUCAAGGACUUUUGGUCGUACGCGCGUGCGGACGACCUGGACGAGUUUACAAAGACGAUGCUCAUGCCGCAAAUUGGAAUGGAUGCGCUGGAGCACUUCAUGGCGGGAGAGGACCUGUCUCACAUACCACCUGCCUCGUAA